AUGAAUAUGAUGUUUGCUGUGGUGCAUUACAUUCAUAUGUGGCAAGAUCCAUUAACAUGGCAAGUUGUGGUACCACUAUUCGUCCUUUAUAUUUCUUUCGUAUCAUAUCUUUCAGGACCUGUUGGACUAUAUAUUGGUCAUCGGCUUCUUAUAGCAUUAUAUUAUUACCGAAUUGCUGUUAUGUUCCUUUUUGCCUUAAUAUGGAUGGUCAUCAAUUCCGGUGAGCGCAAAACUAUCAUAGACAUUGUCCUUACAGUACUGUGGUUUUUGACAGCGUUUACUUAUUUUUUUGGAUGGUAUGUUCAUAGAAGGACACAUAAGUUUUUCAGUACUCGAUGGGUAGGAUAUGAUGACGGUGAUUUGGCAUUUGCUGCCAAAUUACGAGCACGAGGUUUGCCCGUUAUAACUUAUAAUAUAAGCGAGUAUUUUGCUUCCAUCAAUCUGGAAAGGCAGCAUAAACAAGAGUUCGCAGCUGCAAAACAGGAAUCAGCAACAAAAAAAGAUUAG